CGCACUUCCGAGUUGUUACAGGAAAUCGUCUCGGGUGGAGGGUAGAGUGUAUAGAGAGAAGCAGAACCGUUUCCGGGAAGUACGAGUUUCAGUAAUGGCGACUGCUUGUGUGUGCCAGCCUCAAGUCGGAGGUUUCAGUUUCGAAAAUUGCAAGAGAAAUGCUCAACUUGAAAGUAAUGCUGGGAAACUUGGAUGCAGCCUGCCCUCUGCACGCAAAACUGGCACGACUAUCUGUGGCGUAGUGUAUAAGGAUGGCGUGGUGCUGGGAGCUGAUACAAGAGCAACUGAAGGAAUGGUUGUAGCAGAUAAGAACUGCUCUAAGAUCCACUACAUCUCUCCUAACAUCUACUGUUGUGGAGCAGGUACAGCAGCAGACACUGAGAUGACCACUCAGUUAAUCUCCUCAAAUCUGGAACUGCAUUCUCUGUCCACCAACCGCCUUCCAAGAGUCACCACAGCCAACCGCAUGCUCAAACAGAUGCUCUUCAGGUACCAGGGCUAUAUUGGAGCAGCGCUGGUGUUGGGUGGGGUUGAUGGCAAUGGUCCUCACCUGUACAGCAUCUACCCUCAUGGCUCAACAGACAAGCUACCCUUCGUUACCAUGGGCUCUGGAUCCUUGGCUGCUAUGGCAGUGUUUGAAGACCGAUACAGGCUUGACAUGGAGGAGGACGAGGCUAAGCUCCUGGUUCGUGAUGCAAUAGCAGCUGGGAUAUUUAAUGACCUGGGCUCAGGAAGUAACAUUGACCUGUGUGUGAUCACCAAAGGCAAGGUGGACUAUCUGAGACCACAUGAUGAAGCCAACAAGAAGGGCAUCAGAACUGGUAACUACAAGUACAAGCCAGGCACUACAGGUGUUCUGAAAAAAUCAGUAACCCCAAUCCAGUUAGAAGUGGUGGAGGAGAGUAUCCAGACCAUGGACACCUCUUGAACACAUUUUUCUUCAUGUAUGGCAAUUAUAUUCCACUGUUUACAAUAAAAUAUGUUGUGAAAAGC